AUGGUACACAUCAGUCGAGUUCAGAAACGCCCCAAAGGCCACCAUCCUAGAGAAACCGAGGUGACCGACUAUGUCUAUGGCACCCACUUCGCAGCGCAAGAUCUGCCGCACCAUGAAAUGUCAGAGCACGAAAUGCCAGCGAGCGUUGCGUACCGGUUAAUCAAGGAUGAAUUGAGCCUUGACGGGAAUCCAUUACUGAAUCUGGCGAGCUUCGUCACCACCUACAUGGAAGGCGAAGCCCAGAACCUCAUGACCGACGCGAUGAGCAAAAACUUCAUCGACUACGAACAAUACCCGCAAACAGCCAACAUCCAGAACCGUUGCAUCAACAUGAUCGCGGACCUGCUACACGCCCCAACCGCCGACGCUCCAGAUACCCAAGACGCUAUUGGCACAUCGACCGUUGGAUCCUCCGAGGGUAUCAUGCUGGCCACGCUGGCGAUGAAGAAGCGCUGGCAGAACCGCCGCAAGGCCGAGGGCAAGGACUGGAUGCGCCCGAAUAUCGUGAUGAAUAGCGCGGUGCAGGUCUGCUGGGAGAAAGCAGCGCGGUAUUUCGAUGUCGAGGAGAAAUAUGUCUAUUGCACGGAGACGCGGUACGUGAUUGAUCCCGAGCAAGCGGUCAAUCUGGUGGAUGAGAAUACCAUUGGCAUUUGUGCGAUUUUGGGAACAACGUACACAGGCCAGUACGAGGAUGUCAAAGCCAUCAACGACCUGUUGAUCCAGAAGAAGAUCGAUUGUCCGAUUCACGUAGACGCCGCGAGCGGCGGGUUCGUCGCCCCGUUCGUGAAUCCCUCCCUAGAAUGGGACUUUCGGCUGCCAAAGGUCGUGUCGAUCAAUGUAUCCGGCCACAAGUACGGUCUGGUCUACCCCGGCGUCGGCUGGGUCUUUUGGCGCUCAUCCGAGUACCUCCCCAAAGAACUCAUCUUCAACGUCAACUACCUCGGCACCGAACAGGCGACCUUCACCCUCAACUUCUCCAAGGGCGCCUCCAACAUCAUCGGGCAGUACUACCAGCUCAUCCGGCUCGGCCGCCACGGCUACCGCUCCAUCAUGCAGAACCUAACCCGCACCGCAGACCAUCUCGCCACGGAGCUGGAGAAACUCGGGUUCAUCAUCAUGAGCGACGGCGCGGGCGGCGGCCUCCCGCUCGUCGCGUACCGGCUUCCUUCCGAUGAAAACCGCCUAUGGGAUGAAUAUGCGCUUGCGCAUGUCCUCCGCCAGCGCGGGUGGGUGAUACCCGCGUACACGAUGGCGCCGCAUAGCAACCGGCUCAAGAUGAUGCGGAUUGUGCUCCGGGAGGACUUUAGUAUGGAUCGGUGUAAUGUGCUGGUUGAGGAUGUCAAGAUGGCGAUGAAGACGCUGGAGGACAUGGACCGGUCGAUGAUCGAGCAGUAUAUUCUACACGCUGCUCGCCAUCGGGCUGGAAAGCCCUAUCAUCCGGUUUACCCGGAGGAGAAGCAUUCGCUUCAAGGCAAGACGGGAAAGACUCAUGCGGUGUGUUGA